UGAGCUAGCUUGGAGCCACACAUGCCCUGAACCUGGCACCCCUUUAUUAUAUCCAGCCCUGCAUCUCCAAAUCUAUUGCCACCGCAGUCACGAUUGAGCCCCUAUCUAGGUAUUCAGGUUAAACACAUUCUCAGACCAAUCAGACGCGCGCUUCAACUCAUUUCCUUUGUCAUGUAUACCAAGCCCAAAGGAUAGCCGGAAGGACAAUUGCCGGCCGUACCCGCCGGACGGACUCCCGCACAUGACUGCAGGAACAAUUUUACACCAACACCCCCAAUCACACCUAAGCAGCUUUCUGGAUGGAACCUGGCCUCACACCAUCGAGCCCGUCACAGCCUGUGCACCCCCGACCAGCCGGACCCACCCCCAUACCUCCACCAACAACCCGGAGCCGGACGGAGACAUCCCCUCGACCAUCCCAUUCCGCAUCGAGACGACCUACGCCUGCAUCGAAGCGAACUGCAACAAGAAGUACUCACGCAAACCGGAUCUCGUGCGCCACUACCGAGGCGCACAUCUCCAUGAUCAGCGGUACAAAUGUCGAAUUGCUGCAUGCGAGCGCUCACAGCGAGGGUUCCCACGAAGAGACAAGCGAGACGACCACGAGAGAAAGGUGCACAAGCGGAAGGUGUGAGGCGAGAGCGGAGAAGGGUACGGGAUAAAGGGAGUGUCUGGAUGAGAUCAACGUGUUCCGGUAAACAGUAGACAGAGGAAGAGGG